UCGCUCGCCCGCGGGCUGGAAGUCAACAGUCUUAUAUGAGCGUCGGUCAGUCGGUCGGUGAACGGACUCGGAGCUCGACCUCUCCCGCUCCACACCGCCCACACCAGGCCGGACUUCACCUCUCUUGUCGGCCCCGGGGCAACUUUUUUCUCUCCUCCCGCUGCCGCCGCCGCCUCCGCUGCCGCGCGUCUCCGGCCGGAUCCACGUGCCGCCGCCUGAUGACGUGGGACUCGUGGCAGGACGGAGGGAUGAGCUGUGGUGAAGACACGCUCCUGCCUGUUGUUCACCAGCUGCUGGAUUGCUUCACAUGAUCAACCCCUCAGGAUUUAGAACUGGGAUCGGCUCUGUGUCGACACGUCACCACUGAGCAGAGUCAUUACGAAGUCGGGCGCACGUUUGGUGUGGACACUUGACUCCGUCUGAGGAUUCACCAUGUGAGCUCAGAGGUCACAUUAAUUUACAGCGGGCUGUGUAGGUACAUCUGCCGGUCCUUGUCCUUGUUCUGUGCCAGUGGGGUUUUCUUUUUUUCCCGUCAGGGCUACGAUCCAGUACUUGUAAAAAAAUAGAUGACAUUUUCACAGUGAACUUGACACCGGGAGAAAGAAAAAAUGACUCUAUCCUUGGCCCUCAUUCUCUGUUGAUGAUGGAGUAAAUCUCGUGACACCGAGACUGAGUCCAUAGCCAUGAUGGCCGCCGCCUCUCCAGAGGCGAACCAGCCCCGGCUGCAGCUCCAGGAGGUGGACUCCGGCCGAGUCGGGAGUUGCGUCCUCGCCCCGAUGCUCGGCUCCCCGUCGCCCGGGCUGUCCCUCGACGCCAGCAAGCCCAUCUGCAUCCCGUCCCCUUACACCGACCUCGGCCACGACUUCACCACCAUUCCCUUCUACAGCCCCACCAUCUUCAGCUACGCCGGUCCCAGCAUUUCGGACUGUCCGUCCGUCCACCAGUCGCUCAGCCCCUCCUUGUUCUGGCCCGGCCACGGCCACAUGGGGGCGCCCAUUCCCCUGCACCACCACGCCCCGGCCCGACCCCAGCACGGCCAGGCCAUACAGAGUCCGUGGGUGGAUUUGGCGCCACGGGACAGUGUCUCAACAAACAGCAAGAGCGCGAGGAGGCGUUCCCAGGAGGGCGAGGAGGGCGUGGUGUCGUCGGGCGGCAAGGCGGACCUCCACUACUGCGCCGUGUGUCACGACUACGCCUCGGGCUACCACUACGGCGUCUGGUCGUGUGAGGGCUGCAAGGCCUUCUUCAAGAGGAGCAUCCAGGGUGAGAUGCAAAAACGACACAACGACUACAUCUGCCCGGCAACCAAUCAAUGCACCAUAGACAAGAAUCGCCGUAAGAGCUGCCAAGCGUGUCGCCUCCGGAAGUGCUAUGAAGUCGGCAUGACCAAGUGCGGAAUGCGAAAGGAGCAGGGAACCUACCGGAACCCGAAGACGAGGCGACUGACCCGUCUGUCGGCGCAGGGCAGAGCGAACGGGCCCAAGGCUCUGACCGGGCCGGCGGGCGGCCUGCUGAUCGAGCUGCAGCCGCCGGCGCUGACCCCGGAGCAGCUGAUCAAGCGGAUCAUGGAGGCGGAGCCGCCGGAUAUCUUCCUCAUGAAGGACAUGAGUGGACCGCUGACGGAGGCCAACGUCAUGAUGUCGCUCACCAACCUGGCGGACAAGGAGCUGGUCCACAUGAUCAGCUGGGCCAAGAAGAUUCCAGGGUUCGUGGAGCUCGGCCUCUUGGACCAGGUGCACCUGCUGGAGUGCUGCUGGCUGGAGGUGCUGAUGAUGGGGCUGAUGUGGCGGUCGGUGGCCCACCCGGGGAAACUCAUCUUCUCCCCCGACCUCAGCCUGAGCAGACAUGUGCCUCAGCUCCUCCGAGGGCAGCGAGGAGCCGCAGAGUCGCUCCAAGCUGCUUCACCUCCUGGACGCCGUGACGGACGCUCUGGUGUGGGCCAUCGCCAGGACCGGCCUCACCUUCCGCCAGCAGUACACCCGCCUCGCGCACCUGCUCAUGCUGCUCUCGCACAUCCGCCACGUCAGCAACAAAGGCAUGGACCACCUCCACUGCAUGAAGAUGAAGAACAUGGUGCCUCUGUACGACCUGCUGCUGGAGAUGCUGGACGCCCACAUCAUGCACAGCUCCCGCCUGCCUCGCCAGGCGUCCCCCCCGCCGGAGUGCGCCGACCUGGGGGAGGUCGCGGCUCGGCCCCCCGGCAGCACCGGGGACGCAGGCGAACCCCAGUAGUCCCCAGACGGGAGAAUCCACACGCCAUGAGUUAUUUCACUGCUUUGCACAAACCGAUCCACAGGACUGAUUCUGGAUGCCCGGUGAGCUUCUCGAGUCCCAAGAUUAAAAGCUUUAGAAGUUCGACCGGACUUGCAUGUUGGAACAGAAGUUUUUCAACGUUCACGUCUUUUCUGCUACCCGCCGCGAGGUCUCUCAAGGCUCAGAGGGGAAUUUUUACACCAGAUAAUGAGCCACUUCUUGUGCCGAAGCAAGGCGAUGAGUUACACUUGCCAAAGUAAUUGGGACAGGAGAGCGCUCUGACAGAUGCUGAGAUGUUCUUACCAGAGAUAAUACAGCUGCAGCUGGAGAGAAAGGCCUUGAAAUUGGAAAUGAAUCCGUGUUUGUUUCCAGUCAGAAAACCAACUUUACAGAAACGACAGCGACUUAAAUUUUUCUGAAGUCGAGAGAGCGGAUUUGUAAUCGAGACGUUUUAGUUGACCACCAGAGGGCGCUGUGAAACGCCAGCUCACUCCCGGCAAUCCGUCGCUGUUCAGUCCUCGGCUUUCAAUCGCUGGCCACACAUCCCUCUUCUCUCGUGACCGCCGUUGCCCUCGACACAACCUUGCACUCACAUCUGUCGAGUUUCCGCUCUGAGGCGAAAGAAUAAGAAUGAGGGUAUUUUUGUAUCUCGCUACAGGAGCUGCUGUGAAGCACAGUCGAGGCGACGCAGCUUCGGCGAACACGAUCACUGUGAAGUUCACGGUCGCUCACCAGACGUAGACUUUGAAUACGAACUGCUGUCUGGUCUCCGGCGCCCCCUUCAGUCCGUCUGUCUGCCGUGUUGUUCCCUCUAGUCUUACUUUAUAUCAUCGAUGCGCACAUGUACUUGUAGUAGAGUCCGACCGAUAUGGAUUUUUAAGGGGGCAGAUGCCGAUAUCGAUAUCGGGGAGUGACGAAAAUGACGAUGCCGAUGACAAACCUUUGACAAAAUAUGUAAAUGCGGCUUGAUAUUUUACAGUUUAACCAUAAAAUUUUAAAUGGACUGUAUUUAUAUAGAGCUUUUCUAGUCUUAUAGACCAGCGCAAGUCACAAUCGCACAUUCAUACAGCGCUGCUAUUUACCACGCUUUCAAAACAUUUUUUAUAUCACAUUCAUACACUGAGUGUCUUGCCCAAGGACACGUCGGCAUGCGGCCUGGGGGAGAAGCUGGGAUCGAACCGCCACCCGCCCACUUUAAUGCAAAUAACUAAUAGAACUUGAAUUAAGGAAAAAAAACAUUUAGCCUAAAAUGUGAACAUCUUUUCUGCGUCGUUUGUUCUGUAAAAUAAGUUUUCAUAUGGGUCAUGUAACAAACGCUGACACGGCUUUGUCGGUGAAAGGCUCAUGUCGGCCGAUUGGUCGGGCUCUACUUCCUGCUCUUAGAAGAAUCUCAUACCUGCUUCAUUUCUGGUGAAAUCUUUUAAUAAUGAACGUGUAAACUAGUAAUUCUACGUUUGUCAAUUAUCAAACCUUUUCAGUACGUUCGACGUCAUCAUUAACGUAAGAAUCGUGUCGUUGUGUCUCUGAGGGUUUUGAGUUUGCAGACAGUUUUUUAAUUCCUUUGUUUUUCUUGUACGUUUGUGUUUAGUCACUCAUUCUGGUUUUACACCACGACAUGAAGCAAAACAUCUUGUACAGAUACGACUGUGGCACAUUGAAAUGUGGUUUAUAGAUGCCAUUAAAAAAAAUGAAGUCA